AUGCAGAUACGAGAAAAUGUAGAGAUGCUUGAAAAGAUGAAAAGGGAGAAGGAUGCACGUGAAGAUGUGAUGCAAUUGCAUCGAGCAAAAAUGAUGGAAAAAGCUGAUAUUUUACGAUCAGUACGACUUUUACAUAUCGAUCGUAGAAAAGCCGAAGAAAAGGAAAAACUUGUUCGUUUUCAAGAAGCUAGCGAUUUACGAAAUCGACAAAUCGAAAGGGCUCAUAAAUUAGCACAGGAAUUAGCACGUCUUAAAAGUAAAGAAGCGCGGGAAUUACGUGAUUUGAAAAAUAGAAAACAAAUCUCACGAUUUCCUACAGCUUGUUCUCUCGUUGAUUUAAAAUCGCGAUUAAUUGAAGAUACGAUUAAAAAAGAUUCAGAAUCUUUUGAAAUCGUUCAAAAAUGGUAUUCCUACGAUUCGUUCGAUAAAAUGGAAUUGGCAAAGUUGGAAGAAAAGAAACGACUUUAUUGUGCCGAUUUGCAGAAUCAAAUUAUUGAAAAACGUCGUAUAAUGCGAGAAUUGGAUGAAGAGAAGCAACGUGAACGUAAGAUAAUCGAACAAACGAUGGAAGUUAUAAACGAUGAAGAUAUUCGUAAAGAGGAACGUAGAAAAGAAAUUCAAACGUGUUUGCAAGCUGAGAGAAAAGCUUUCUUUGAAGCGAGACAAUGCUGGAAGGAAAUACAAAAAAUUACGAUUGAAGAAGAAAAUAAAAAAAUUGCUAAGGCUAUUGUUGAGAAGGAACUCGAAUAUAAAAAGCAAAUGAAGAAAAAAAGUGACAUCGAUGCUAAAGUCGAAGAGGCUAACGAAUCUUUAAAAUUAGCUUCAGAAAAACGACAACAAGCUAAAGAACUUUUGAACGAUAUGGUAAGAAGUAAAAUCGCUAACACCGAGAAAAAAAUGGAAGAACGAGCGACGGAAAUGGCUUUUACGCGUAAUCUUUACGAGGAACAACUAAAACUCGAUGAGAUAGAUAAACAAAAGCUAGAACAGAAACGACGAAAGAAUAAACAAUAUGGCGAAGACUUGAAAAACAUUAUAAUGAAUAAUAAAAUUCAAUAUGCCGUAGAUUUAUUGAAGAAACAAAAAGAUGUUCGGGAUGAAUGCGUAGACAAGUUAUGA